UUGUACUGCGCUACUGCUGUUCGUUCGUCCCCCCGAAAGAAAAAACACAUUCCCAAGUGUUCGCGCACACCGUCAGGUUGUCAGGUUCCGCACUUCCACUCCAUCUCACGGGUUCUCCCCACCCGAGGCCGCAUCAAGCAAGUUGCCGCCGUCCCGUCUUGGCCCUCCUCGCCCUCGUUCCCUAGCUUCCUCCCAGACUCGCCCGCCGCCGCAGCAGCAUUUGCAUUGUGCAGUGACCUGCUCCCUGAUCAGCUUGCUUCCGCCCGAAAUGACGGUCUCCGGCAAUGUCCAGUUGCGCGUGGCCGACGGCGCUAUCUUAGCGUGGAUUUGGGUAAAUUCUUCCUGAUGACUUUUGUUCGAUCGCUGCUUCGUCGUUGAUCACCGGAUCCGUUUCGUUUACCAGGUGUGCGCUCUUCUUUGAUCUAUGCGCGCGUGUAGUGAAUCGCUAUUAUUUUUACUUCAAAAAAAAAUGAAUCGUUAUUAUCCUCGGAGAAUUGCAAUUUUGCCGGAAUUUUUUGGGAGUAAGCGGCCGGGCAUAAUUUUCUCCCAUUGGUUAGAGACUUUUACAGUGAUUGGGCCACGCAACUGGAAAUGUCGGAUCGAUCCUGUGCCGGAGAAAAAGAAUUCCCAAAUCCGGAAUUAACCUCGUCCUAUUAUUGUGCUGUGUCUGUCGGAUGAAUCACGGAUUCAUGUCUCUAGUGCGUCCCCCUCAUUUUGCAGAUCGGAAUCCAGGAGGGUGCGCCAUGGCGAACCGCGUCGACGAGUCCUCGGCAAGCGUCAAUGGCGGCAUGGACUCGGGCAGCUUCGAGUGCAACAUCUGCCUUGAGCUGGCCCAGGACCCCGUGGUCACGCUCUGCGGCCAUCUCUUCUGCUGGCCGUGCCUCUACGAGUGGCUCCACGUCCACGCGCACUUCCCCGAGUGCCCCGUCUGGAAGGCCGGCGUCCAGGAGGAGAAGCUCGUCCCCCUGUAUGGCCGCUGCAAGGCAUCCACUGGCUCCCGGUCGAGGUCGGUUGCCGGAGUCCAAAUCCCGGGCAGACCGACCGGGCAGCGGCACAGCACGGCUCCGCAGCCUGAUCACCGCCACGACCAUUACCCGAACCAGAACCCGUGGUUCGUCGGUGGCGGCGGCACUAUGGCUGGCGGUCGGUGGGGGAAUUACACGUUCUCCGCCGCCAUUGGAGGGCUGUUCCCUCUGCUGAAUUUCCAGGCGCAUGGGUUCCCGAAGGCGUAUGGACCCGCUGCCGAGCUUCCCUAUGGGUAUGGAGGGCAUUCUUUCCAUGGGUGGCAUGGGAAUGGUUUUCCGCGGCACGACCAAGAACCGCAGGGCCAGCAGAUCGAUGUCUACUUGAAGGGGAAUGGAAGGGAUUGUAGUUAAUAUUCCCCUCAAUCUCUCCCAAUGUUUGCCAAAGUGCCAAUCCUCGUGGAUCUGCAUGAUGCCGAAAGAGACCUAAAGGGGAAAGGCCGGUUUCUGUAUCCAUGUAUAACUUUGAGAUCAAAGUUAAUUGCAUUUGAUCUCGCAAAAAAAAAGUUAAUUGCAUUUGGAAGAUGUGAAAAAGGACUUUCUCACAGUCUAAUACGCAAAUCACUGUAUUCCUCUAGAAUUUGUUUUCUUUA